CGUCACUUUCAGAAGUUGCCACGAAUGCAAAGCGGCAUGAUGUGGAGGUUACUGAGCUGCACAGUGUGCCUGUUUGUGUCCGCAGGGCUGAGUCUGCGGCCAGUUUGGGCCGCUGAAGAGGAGCUGGACGGAGAGGUGAAGACUGAAGUUUUAUUUAAACCCGAGGAGUGCAGCCAAAGGAGCAAGAGAGGAGAUCUGAUCAAUGCUCACUACGAUGGGUACCUCGCCAAAGAUGGUUCCCAGUUUUACUGCAGUCGUACAGACAGAGAUGGACAGCCUCAGUGGUUCGUUUUGGGUGUGGGACAAGUCAUUAAGGGACUGGAUGAUGGGAUGAUGGGCAUGUGUCCUGGAGAGAAGCGAAAACUAACCAUCCCAUCAACCCUGGCAUUUGGAGAAAAGGGCAAAGGUCCGGUGCCUCCUAAUGCUACCGUGGUCUUUGAGGUGGAGGUCCUCUCUGUGUCCAAGGGACCACGCACCAAAGAGGCUUUUGGAAGGAUGGACCUCGAUAAAGACAAGAGUCUCUCAAAGGCAGAGGUGAAAGAAUAUUUGAAGCUGGAGUACGAAAAAGGGGGGAAGCCGCGUGACGACCCUUUCUAUGAGAAGCUUAUAGACGAUAUCUUCUACAAGAACGACGGCGACAGAGAUGGCGUGAUCAGUGCGAAGGAGUAUAACAUUUAUCAGCACGAUGAGCUCUAGCACUGUUUGGUUUUUUUUAGUUUGUGUGUUAUUUAGAGAGGAAACUAAAGGGAAUACACACACACACACACACACACACACACACACACACACACACACACUUCCACUGUUAGAUGUGUACACUUUUUCAGCCACUUUCCGUCAAACAGACUCACCACUUCUUCAUCUGGGAGUUUCCUGUUUUUCCCGCAAAGCCUUUUGAACAUGUAAAUUCAGGCCUGCAGAAGCGAGCACGUGAGGGAGUUUCUUCCUCUUUAGCGGUUAUUCUGACCCAUUUUGUCAUUGUAAUGAUUUGGAAAACGUUUGCGGUGGAAAUCAUGGGCCAGUGACCUGUUACCUGUUUCCCACUGACAUGAAGCCAUUUCUGCCUUUGAGAACCAGCCCACAUCGUCACUGGUGUGAGUACCCUUCAUUCCAGUGUUUCUAGACCGUGUAAAAGAUGGACUUAGCUACUCUGAAAUCAGCCGUUGCUACUGCUGGUCCAUCUGCUUUUUUUAAGGACUGACCACAGUAAAAGUAUCCUGAAAGAUCAGCUUCAGUUUGGUGACAGUCUAUACAUUUUACAGCUUAAAAUGUUGACUCAAGAGCUUGGAAACCCCAUAAAUCUUAAUCUGAUCCAUAAUCAAUGGUCAGUCCAUGAAAAACCAGGUGGACCAGCACAAUCCCACACAAGUGUGAUCAGCCUGGAGCUCUUUGCAUAUUUGCCAAUAAAGUCUUUGAAAUUUAUAAAAGGCUAAUGGCUGCUCUUCACUAGAAAUAAGUUAAAGCUGAAGCAUGCCCAUGAUUUCACAGGGCCUGUCUUUGUGAAACCACAGGUAGCGCCCUCUGGUGACUGCUGAAACAAAUUCAGGUUUAAAGCACUUUCAGACCAUUUUCUAUACAGUCUGUGGUUUCUAACAGAAGUUUGGGCUGAGGAGGAAACAUCUGAGGGCUGCUUCCGGUGGAAAAUGGGUAAAAGAGGCCCCCCAAAUAAUCAAUAGUGACAUGGAAACACUAAAUGGGAUUAAAAUUCUGGGGCCUUUUUCUACGAAGCAAUCUUUUCCUUAUCUGGCUUCACUUAACCUAAUCAGGCUAGGUGGCUAUCGUCUUGAUAAGUCAUCCUGGGGUUUAUCAGUCUAGGUAUGAGUAUGCUCACAUGAAAGAGCUCAGAUAUGACCACUCAUGAACGUGCACAGGUGUACUGGCAGCGAAUGCCGAUGGAAACAUGACAGCAGCAGAGUGUGAGAAGAAAAGAGCCGUAUGGUAGUAAAAUUCUGAAAACUCAGAGCUGUUCCAUUAAGACAGAAGAUUAUUUAGUUAUUCCUUUAAGUUGUUUGGAUGCACGUAGGACAGUCUCAGCCUUAUUCUUUCAUUUGCAACCUGAACUGUUUAAUGUUCUAAGAGCAAGUAAAGAAUAAAUAGAAAAAAAAUUCAAACUGGCAAAAAGGUCAAGCCUUUAAGGUGUGCAAGCGCAUGGCUUAGCCGCCCUGUUUUACGAUCUUAAAACUUUCAGAACAAUAAAGUUGACUUUGAAUUGUUUGUAGCAAACAGGCAGAAAGGCGAGUAAUAAAUUUGCUUCCAAGAAUUUCCAUUUCUUACUUGCGGUCAUCAGAUAAAGACAAAAACUUUAGACUCUCUUGCUGUUUGCACUCCGAGGUCUGAGGGAUCUUCUAGGAAUGGUGACAGAUUUCCAGGAGAACUGAUUGGUCAGAAGGUGGUGAUUUCAUAUCUGCAGCAUAGAUUACCAUGGCAGUGCACUCAUGGUAGAAGUGAACUGCUGAAAACCUCCAACUUUAACCAAGUUACCUGCUUUGUAGGAUAGGCUGAGCUCCAAAUGUUGUUUUAGGGCGGAUUUUUCCUUUAGGAAGCAGACAACAAGUAAAGCUGAGCGAGCUCGAGUUCAGUCUGAAAAUAAGAAUAUGUGCAGCACCUGUGAAAAUGUGCAAACACCACUAUAUAUUUUGCCAUUUAAAGGUUUUUUUUCCCUUCAAGUUUUCUGAACUUUGAUUCAACUUUCGGCCAAAACCGAAGGAUUGCACAACGUCCUGCAAUCAGCCAUGUGAUAAAGUCUUUUAACAUGAACACAAGAACAAACAGCUCAGAGGAUCCUGGCUGCCUCCGGGCCUCACAGAUCCCCGGAUCAGCAGUGUUUCUCUCAGAAACCACGUCGGUAAACAUCUGUGUGUAAAAGAAUGAACUGUGACACACGUGAACAUAACUGAUAAUAAAAUUCUGU